GUUUUUGGAAAAUUAGUUUAACUACUAUUGUUUCCUCAAAUGACUUGUUUCCGACCUUCUAAGUGCUAAAUUACAACAUAUUCACAACAUAAAAUUGAGUAUGUUGUCUAAAAGUGAUAAGUUAUGUUCUAGAAAAUAUUAAGUUAGUAACUUUAAUUUAGUUUUUGUGUUAAUUUGUGAAUUUUCUGUGAAAAUGACGGUAACGUACAAUGCAGACGUCGCAACUGUGCACGGUUUGGGACCUUUUUUGAAAUUAUUAGGAAGAUGGCGAGGCAGUCUCUACAAAUUAGUAUGGCUCGACUUACUACUAUUCUUAGCUAUAUACUAUGGUUUAAAUAUAAUAUACAGAUUUAUGUUAGAUGACUCUGGACAAGUGAUUUUCCAGAAUAUCGUUCAAUACUGUGAUGAUUACGCGAAUUUGAUACCUUUAUCGUUCGUGUUAGGUUUUUAUGUCACCGUCGUGAUGAACAGAUGGUGGAGUCAAUACAGGGCGAUUCCACAUCCGGAUCCAGUAGCCGUAUUUGUUAGCGCCACUGUACAUGGGCACGACGAACGUGGUAGGGUAAUGAGAAGAACUAUCAUGCGGUACAUGUGUCUGUGUGUCACGAUGGUAUUCACGAUGAUCUCUCCUAGAGUUAAGAAACGUUUUCCUACUUUAGAUCAUUUCGUAGAGGCUGGUUUACUUCAACCCAGUGAGAAAGAUAUCAUGUCUGAUCUUAAUGUUAAAUUUCCGAAGUAUUCAAAGCACUGGUUGCCUUUAGUUUGGGCCUCCAGCAUAGUCACCAGAGCCCGCAAAGAAGGUCGGAUCAGAGACGAUUUCGCGGUUAAAACGAUCAUAGACGAAAUCAAUAAAUUUCGAGGACAAUGUGGACUGCUGAUAACCUAUGAUCACAUUAACAUUCCAUUAGUUUACACUCAGGUAGUAACAUUAGCUGUAUAUAGUUAUUUCAUUACGAAUAUAAUGGCCCACCAAUGGACCAAGGAUAACAAAUACAAAUUCGAUUUGUAUUUUCCAAUUUUUACUACUUUACAAUUUUUCUUUUACAUCGGCUGGUUGAAAGUGGCUGAAUCUAUGAUUAACCCUUUCGGGGACGAUGACGAUGAUUUCGAAGUGAAUUGGAUGGUAGAUAGAAAUCUUCAGGUAUCGUAUUUAAUAGUUGACGAAAUUCACCACGAUCACCCAGAACUAGUAAAAGACCAAUACUGGGAUGAAGUUUUUCCACAAGAAUUGCCAUACACAGAAGCCGCUCGUGCCAUCAGAGAUACCCAUCCGUUACCUUCUACCGCUAAUAUAGCAACCAGGCCGCAAGACCUAGAACUUAAUACACCUCACAACGUUCUGUAUCCGGGAACUAAAAUGGAUGAUAUGCAGUCGUACGCGACGGGGUUGGAUGGGGGUCCCAUAACGUUUUCCGCGAAGCCAAGGCCACGUUCGUUUAGAUCAAGAGGAUCCCAGAGUUCGUUGAUCGGAAAAUCUGUACCUGAUUCAAUGUCCAGACAAAAUUCGGUGACGAAUAUGUUAAAAAGGUUUUUCAGCAAAGACGAAAGCAAGACUGAUGCCAAAGUAGAGGCGAACGAGUUGAACAACUUAGUACCACAGUCUUUUCCAAAGCCAGCUGGAAGCAUAAAAAAAAUAACAGACGAUGUUAUUGAAGAGGUUGAUGAACAACAAACAAUAACGUCUCAAAGGUCAUUAAAAGAAUCUCGGCCAACGGUUAUGAGCUUAUUUGGUCCCCCAUCACCAUCUACGCCUAUAGAUGUUCCUCACUCAAAUAGUUUUCACACAUUAGACCCCAACGUAUACGAUCCCUUCGGACAUAUAUCUACAUCAGCUCCAGCUGCAUCACAUGAAGGUAACGACGAUCCAGAUAAAGUUAGCAUUGGAGGAUCCGUUACGGAUGACGAUGAUGACGACUUUUCCAGACUGAGGAAGGUCCGAGAAGAAGAACGUUUAAGCCGGUAA